UUGGCCAGCAGUGGAGUGCCAGAACUCCUUGGCUAAGGAAGGAUUCAUAAACGAUCUUUAUCUAGUCAUACGCUGCCAAGGUGGAUAAUAGAAAAUAACAAUAUCGAACGUAACAAGCGAGGUGAUCGAAGGAGUCGAUGAGCGUGAAUUGUGAAAUCAUCAAUCGAUAUUGGGAUGAAAGGGACGGGUGAGCUGCAGUUCAAAAUGGACCUGAUUCGCUCGUUAAAGCAAACUAUGAGAAUCCCGAAGCAUUCAGUUUGUUAUGCGAUUGUGUCGAUUUUUGUGAUCUUGGCCAUGUCUCUUCCGGAAGCGGAUGCUUUGAAAUGUUACUCGGGUGUGAGUGGAUCCAUCUCAGAGGAUUGCCUUUCCAAUACGGGAUGUAUGAAGAGAUUUGAUCAAAAAACCCAACAGACCCUGGAUCGAUCCUGCUUCACACCACCCGUUCCCCCCACCAACUCCACAUGCACCACAGAUCCCAACGGAUUCGGGAUUUGCUACUGCUUCACGGAUUUGUGCAAUGCUGCUCCAACGACGCGUCCAAUCCUCAAUUGGACAAAUGGAUUGGCCGUCACGUGUCUUCUUGUGGUCUCCCAGAUGGUUGUGGUGGUUCAGGCCUUGAUCGCAUAACGAAGGCAAGAGCAUCCCCAUCAAGUCCCUGGAUGACAACAAGCAGAGGAGAACCGCAGAGAUGUCAGAGAUCCUGUUUAAAUAUCAACAUAAAUAACGAAGACGAGCUGUGUGAACUGCUGAUCGAUCCAGAGUGUAGCAAGAGUGCAUCAUGUUUGCGUGAAAGCCUUCCGAGUAUUUAUUUGUUUCGUUCAUGUGCCUCUUUUUGACGUCCACUGUGCCCACAGCAUGCUCGCUUUUGAGGCUGUUUAUCAUCAUGGACUGAGAUACAAAUGAUGUGUUCAUAGCAAAAAUAUAUUAUGAUGACAAA